CUCUACUCUGAAUUUAUGGGAGAAUUGAGGUACGGAGAACAUUAGCUAGUUUGUUGGUGUUUUUGUGAAUAUACGUGAUGAUGAGAAAUGGGAAGGCAUCCAAAUCGGCGGUGGAGGCCGGAUUUGUGUUGGUGGUUGUAGCAGUCGUCGCCGGGACGGCGUUGCUUGGUCCCUUCCAGGCCGGAGCGCAGAGUCCGCCGCCUCACCGGAUUCUGUUGGAUACGGACACUGAAACCGAUGAUUUAUCGGCCCUCUUGUAUCUUUUGAAGCUCAACUCAUCAGAAUUUGAUAUUCAGGGAAUAACUGUUAGCUCCAACGGGUUUGGCAAUCCUGGUCAUUCUGUGAAUCAAAUAUAUGAUAUUCUAUAUAUGAUGGACCGCGAUGAUAUUCCUGUUGGUGCGGGAGGUGAUGGUGGGAUACUUGAUGAUGGUACAAUUCAAGAUGACGUUGGAGGAUAUCUUCCUAUAAUUGAUCAAGGAAAUGAUACGGCUGGAUAUUGUAGAUAUAGACAAGCAAUCGGGCUCGGUCGCGAUGGACAUUUAGAUGUUGACACAAAUCUUGGCCUACGGAAGAGCUUCCUCCCUCAGGGAAGAAGAAGAUAUUUUCCGUUUCUGCAACCCACAGCUCAACAAGUAUUUAUAAAUACUAUUUCUGCUGGCCCUACAACUGUACUACUCACCGGAUCUCAUACAAACAUGGCCAUAUUCCUUAUGACAAACCCCCAACUGAAAGAGAAUAUCGAACACAUAUAUUCCUUGUCUGGAAGCAUUAAUGUUGGCGGUAAUUUAUUCACUAGUUUCAAUAGUAAUCCUUACGCGGAGUUCAAUGUGUUUAUGGAUCCUUUUGCUGCAUAUCAGGUUAUUCAUUCUGGAAUUCCAGUAACUCUCGUGACAUUAGAUGCUGCAAACACCAUUCCCAUAUCAGCUGAGUUUUUUUCCCACAUGGAGAGUAAUCAACAAACAUAUGAAGCACAAUACUUUUACAAGACCUUCAAAAUAACUCGUGACAGUGUGUUUGCCGAUGAUGAAACAUUCUACAAAACAUACUACAUGUGGGACUUUUUUAUGUGUGGUGUGGCGACUUCAAUUAUGAGCAAGCCAAAUAAUCAUGAUGGUGAUAACGAGUUUGCAGAAAUGAAGUACAUGAAUAUCACCGUAGUAACCACCUCAGACGAAAAUCAUAGUGUGUCGGAUGGUUCUAAUCCAUUUUUUGAUGGUCGCAAUACCCCAAAAUUCAAUCUGGACUCAAAGCUCCAUGGAGGCCAUGUCCAGAAGAGUGCUCGUGAUCCCUAUUGUCUUGUCAACAAUAGCACUGGAAAAUGCAAAGAUGGAUAUACUCCACAAGUCGUUGGCAGUUCUGAAGGUGUGUCUGUUCGUGUGGCAGUAAAAGCAAAACCCAACCCUAAUGUUACGAGUCCAUUAGACAAAGCAUUCUAUGCCAACUUUAUAGAUGUGUUAAACCGCCCCCAACAAACUGGUAGGUUCAAUGCAACAACGGAAUUUCCUUGUUAUAACGAAACACUUUACAAGCCAGAUUUUUCUGGGACUCGACUCGGGAAAAAUGUUGUGUUUGACAUGGACAUGAGUGCUGGAGAUUUCUUGGCGCUCUUUUAUCUUCUUAAACUUCCUGUGACUGAUAUCAAUCUGAAGGCAAUUAUCGUGAGCCCAAAUGGUUGGGCAAAUGCAGGAACGAUUGAUGUGGUUUAUGAUGUGCUACACAUGAUGGGCCGUGAUGACAUUCCUGUCGCCCUUGGGGAUCUACUUUCACUGAACAUGUCUUAUUCAGAUUUUCCUGGCGUUGGUGGAGACUGCAAGUAUCAAAAGGGUAUCCCACACGGUUAUGGUGGAUUUAUUGAUUCUGAUACUCUUUAUGGACUAGCUCGUGAUCUCCCACGUAGUCCCCGAGGAUAUACAUCUGAAGCUUCUAAGGCAUUUGGAGGUCUGCGUGAUACAGAUCACCCUGAGCUCCGACAACCUUUGGCAUUAGAAGUAUGGGAUUCAGUAGUAAAAUCCCUAGACCCAGGAUCCAAGAUCACCAUCUUGACUAAUGGUCCACUAACUAACAUAGCAAAUAUUGUUCUUGCAAAUCCGAAUGUUUCAUCUGUUAUCCAGGCAAUUGUGAUUGUCGGAGGCCACUUGAGCAACGGUAGCUCUGACAGAGGAAAUGUGGUUAAUCUGCCUAGUAAUAGAUUUGCAGAACAAAACAUGUAUUUCGAUCCUUUGGCUGCGAAAACAGUGUUUACUUCAAACCUCAAUAUCACUCUCAUUCCGCUUGCUGCACAACGCCAAGUAAGUUCGUUGGUGGGAAUCAGAAAAAAUCUCACUCUUAAGGCAACACCUGAAGCAAAGUUUGCUACGCGUCUGCUAUCAAGGCUCCGCUUGUUGAAACUAAUUAAGCAAUCAAUGGAAACGUUUUUUGGCGAGAACAUAGGGUCAGUGCUGGUUGCAGGUGAUAUUUCUACCUUGAACCCAACGUUUGGAAUCAAGAAAAUCAAAGUAGUUGCAACGGGUAAAGAAUCCGAAGAUGGAACGAUGAAUAUUGAUGAGAAAGAGGGGAAAGAAGUGAGAGUUUUGACAAAUAUCAAUGCAGCAGCUUAUUAUAAUCUCUACUCAAAAGUGCUAGGUGACAAGAAACAGUCUGCCGUUGUUGGAAGUUAUGUUCAGCAGACAAUAAAGUGGAGUUGCAACAAUGCGUAGAACCGGAAGUUGUGAUACUAUUAUACUAUCUAAACAAGGGUAGUGCAUGUGAAAGAAUAAAUACUAGAAAUCAAUAAUGUAAACCAAAAAUGAGUGAUACAAGCCAAUAGUUUGAAAUCCAAUGUCAAAGGUGUAAUAGCACAAAGUAAAAAAAAAAAAAAAAAUACAACUCUAUCCCAUGUAAUAUGCUAUGACUGAUAUUAAUGAGUAAAAUUGUCUGAA